GAGUGUCGAACAUGUCGGCUCCCGGGAGUAGAGAAGAGCGGCUUCUCCCGGCUCUGCACGGGCUCAGCCCCCGGUACCGGCCGUGGGACGGGCCGACGCUGCGGAUCGCGCUCUUUGUGCAUUGCUGGCUCCACGUUAGCGCCAGGACCUCCAUGGUUGAUGAUUUGCUGCUGCCCUAUGACGUCUCUGCUAAGCAUGGUCCAAGCCGCAGCCAUCGGGAGACCAGAAGCUGCCUCCCUCUUGCUCAUGGAAAUACGACCCAUGAAACGUGGCCCAGUAAUAAUGGCACCGUGCACCCUGCGGCUACGACUAGAACGUUUAUAUCGGUCCUUACCGAUGGCGUGACAAAGACUGUUUCCGGCCAUAUCACUUUUAUAAAUAACCCCUUGAGGACUAUGUCCGUGCUGGAGCCUGGGGAGCCUGGGAGUUGUAGUAGACGCCUUACAGCAACCGUGGAAGAAACUGUGAAAUAUGGGAAUUGCAUCGUAGCCCAAAAUGGAGGAUUUUUUGAUACUAACACUAGGCAGUGUCUGGGGAAUGUUGUGAGUAAUGGCAGAUUGGUGCAGAAUUCUGGAGGGGUCCAGAAUGCACAGUUUGGCAUCAAGGCGGAUGGUACCAUGGUUUUUGGAUAUCUGUCCGAGGAGGAGGUGCUGAGCCGGGAGAACCCCUUUGUGCAGCUGGUGAGCGGGGUCAUGUGGCUGCUGCGCAAUGGUGAAGUCUACAUUGAACAGAGCAAGACUGUAGAAUGUGACAAGACCCAGAAUACGGGUACUUUUGAUUAUUUUUUGAAUGUGACCUCCGCCAGGACAGCUAUUGGUCAUGACCAGGACGGCCGACUGAUUCUAUUCCAUGUGGAUGGGCAGACCGGAAGCAGAGGCAUGAACCUGUGGGAGGUCGCUGAAUUUCUAAAGAAGCAAAGAGUUGUUAAUGCCAUAAAUCUGGACGGUGGAGGAUCUGCUACUCUGGUUGUUAAUGGGACACUUGCCAGCUAUCCAUCCGAUCAUUGUCAGUUUGAUGCAAUGUGGCGUUGCCCACGGAGCGUGUCUACGAUUGUGUGUGUCCAUGAACCCUCAUGUGAUCCCUCAGACUGUGGAGGACACGGACAGUGUAUUGCAGGAGAGUGUCAUUGUAGAGACUAUUGGACAGGGAGUUCUUGUGAAGUUCUAAGCUGUGGACCAUCAAACUGCAGUUCUCAUGGGACCUGCACCCCAGGUGGAUGUGUUUGUGACUCUGGCUGGAUGGGCAAUAACUGCAGCAGUGCUUGUAAGCAUGGACACUAUGGAGAAGGAUGUGCCAGUGUGUGUCAUUGCCAGAACCAUGGGACCUGUCACCAUGUUAAUGGGACUUGUGAAUGCCCAGCAGGGUUUACAGGACUGUACUGUGAGGAAGUGUGCCCAUUUGGUUUUUAUGGUUUGAGAUGCCAGGAGAUUUGCCAUUGUGGGAAACAGUGUUACUGCCAUCCAGUAACAGGAAGCUGCAACUUUACCCAGGAGCCCAGGACACUUGAGCUUUUAUCAAAAGUUGGCUCCUGCAUGGAAUCUCUGUUAAACUCCUCCUGGUGGGACGCUGUGCCCUCUGAUGCCAAAGUCACGUAUCUAACAGAGCAUUCAUGGGCAGGCUUAAGCUGUACUCUCCUGGUGCUGCUUGUGGUUAGCAUUGGGUUCAAUGUGAGACCGCACUGGCCUCGUAGAAAAACCAGGAACGAAUGGAAUUAUUCUUACCAACGGCUUCGAGAAAUGAAUGGAAAAGUGGAUGUCCCAGAUAUGUAUGAGACCAACGACUUGUAUCACUCAGAUAUUGAUGUGGACACGUCACAUAAUGAAACCAGGAAUUGAAUGCGUUGCAAAUCGGGCUGGGAUUAGUCCGCGCCACCUAUGCAUGCUGUGCUAUGCAGCAGUCUAGUGCCUUGUGUGCACCCAGCGAGAUGGGUGUAAAACUUGAAGGAAAUGAAUGUGUACAUUAGCAGUACACUCAUUGCAAUGUAUAGUAUUUAUAAAAAGUAUUCUUGAUUUUUUUUUUACAAAAAAAGUGCAAUAAUAUUUGCAUAGCCUUAUUUUUUUUAGAGAGGCUGUGCUUUUUUCAACACUGGAUUAUUUGUCCUUUUUAAUAGUUUUCUUGUUCACACACUGUAUGAUUGCAGAGUUUUUAUCGGGAAGGUAACACGUACUUAGUAACUUGUGGUUUGCGGAUCCUCCAGGUACAUGUGUAAUGAGCUUUUGAUGACCAAUUUGUUGAUAAAGCAAAGCACGUAAGUACAGCCUGACUAAGGCUACUUUCACAUUAGCGCUUUCAAUUCCGCUAUUGAGAUCCGUCAUAGGAUCUCCAUAGGGGAAGAAAACAAUUCAGUUUUGUCCCUAUUUAUUGUCAAUGGGGACAAAA